AUGUGUCGCGAACUACAGGCCUAUUUGCUCGCCAAAUAUCGCAAGGGGGAGAUCGCAUUAGCAAACCAGCCUCAAAACACCACGCCGCGAAACAGCGGGGCUCGACCAACGGCUUCCGCCGAACAGCUUCCACCUCCUCCUCCAACGAACGAUCAAUCCAAAGACGACGUCGCGAAGAGAGACCGUGGAAACCAACCUCGAGGUGACACUCCUCCGGCAUCUCGAAAGAAGGUGUUCUUUAUUAUGGGAGGCCUAUCGACGUGCAACGAUUCCGUCAGGUCGAUAAAAAAGUACGGCCGCCAGGUCAUGCUCGCACGAAAAUGGCAAGUUAAAAGCCCUAAGACCGCCGAUAACGAUGCGAUCACUUUCACCGAGGCCGACACGGAGGGGGUCGACAUGCCACAUAACGAUCCGCUUGUGGUCGAGCUGCGGAUCGCGGAUUGUGAAGUAUCUCGAAUACUGGUCGAUACAGGAAGCUCGGUCGACCUGAUCUUCAAAGAAACGCUUGACAAAAUGGAACUGACUAACCAUUACCUCAAGUCAUCGGUUAAGCCACUUAUGGGAUUCGAUGGAGACACAGUCUAUUCGAUCGGAACGAUCAGGCUUCCAGUCUAUGCGGCAAAGACGACUCGCCUCGUCAAAUUCGUCGUCGUCGACAAACCCGCCAUCUAUAACGAGAUAUCGAGACUCUGCUUCGCCGCAGAGCACAAGCUCCGAUCCAAAUCCGCGAUUCCAGCCAAGGCGUGUCUUACGAUUCUACCCGUAACUCAAGUCGAUUUGCCAACUCAAGAAAGACCGAAGCAGGAGCUCGUCAUCCAAGUCAACAUCGACGAAAGCGACCCCGAACGAUGCGUAGGGAUCGGAGCCGAUCUAAAGGAGGAGAUCAAGGUUGAGCUCGUACGACUUCUUCGCCGAAAUGCAACGACAUUCGCCUGGUCAGUAAGCGAUAUGCUCGGGAUCGAUCCCUCAAUCACAAGUCAUGAGCUUAACAUCGAUCCUACAUUUAAACCGAUCAAGCAGAAGCGGAGGAAGUUAGGUUCAGAAAAGGCACAAGCCGUCAAUGAUGAGAUCGAACGUUUGUCAAAGGCUGGAUCGAUCAUCGAGGUCAAAUAUCCAGAAUGGCUGGCAAACCCCGUUGUCGUCAAAAAGAAAAACGGCAAAUGGCGAAUCUGCGUAGACUUCACCGACCUCAAUAAAGCAUGCCCCAAGGAUAGUUUCCCCUUGCCGCACAUCGAUAGAAUCGUCGAGGCGACUGCAGGCAACGAGCUCCUGUCAUUCAUGGACGCCUUCUCCGGGUACAAUCAGAUCACGAUGCAUCCCGAGGAUCGUGAGAAGACAUCCUUCAUCACCGAUCGAGGAACCUAUUGCUAUAAGGUAAUGUCGUUCGGCUUAAAGAACGCGGGCGCAACAUACCAACGACUAGUCAACCACAUGUUCGCCGAUCAAUUGGGACGAACGAUGGAGGUUUACAUCGACGAUAUGCUAGUAAAGUCGCUCACCGCCGGUGAUCACAUCGGCCAUCUGCAAGCUUGCUUCACCGUUCUAAAUCAAUACCAGAUGAAGCUCAAUCCGACUAAGUGUACCUUCGGGGUAACUUCCGGAGAAUUCCUAGGCUACAUCGUCACAAAACGAGGAAUCGAGGCAAAUCCGAAGCAGAUUUAUGCCCUAAUCAAUCUCCCAUCACCUCGCAACACUCGCGAAGUCCAACGUCUUACCGGCCGAAUUGCAGCGCUCAACCGAUUCAUCACGCGAUCCACAGAUAAGUGUCUUCCGUUCUAUCAACUUCUCCGAGGCAACAAACGUUUCGAGUGGGACGGUAAAUGUGAGGAAGCCUUCCAACAGCUCAAGGGAUACCUCGCCAGCCCUCCAAUUUUAGCCAAACCUGAAACAGGCGAAACCCUCUACCUCUAUAUCGCUGUAUCGAGCUCGGCAGUAAGCGGCGUUUUAGUCAAAGAAGAUCGAGGCGAGCAGAAACCGAUUUUCUACGUUAGUAAAACUCUGGACGACGCAGAAAAACGGUAUCCGACUUUGGAGAAACUCGCACUCGCGGUCAUCAUGUCUGCCAGAAAGCUACGACCCUACUUUCAAUCCCAUUCGAUCAUCGUCUUGACCAAUCAACCACUUCGAACCAUACUGCACAGCCCGAGCCAGUCAGGUCGCAUGGCAAAGUGGGCUGUCGAGCUGACAGAAUAUGAUAUUGAAUAUCGCAAUAAGACAAGUGCCAAAUCGCAGGUCCUCGCAGAUUUUCUGGUAGAGCUUCCGCCAGAACUAAUCCAGACCGACCUACCUGACGAGAAUUCCUCCAAUAAUGAAGCGGAGUACGAGGCUUUACUCGCAGGACUACGUCUAGCGCAAGGAAUCGGGGUCAAAAAAAUCGAAGCUUUCUGCGACUCCCAGCUCGUUGCUAGUCAGUAUAGCGGCGAUUACGACACCAGAAACGACCGGAUGGAUUUGUAUCUUAAAGCCGUCAAAAACCUCGCUGAUCGCUUUGAACUUUUCUCACUCACCAGAAUUCCGAGGAGUGACAACACCUCAGCAGAUGCACUAGCCGCCCUCGCAUCGACGUCUGAACCACAUCAAAGGCGCGUAAUCCCGGUCGAAAGCAUCGAUUCCCCCAGCAUUGUCUUACCACGAGGAGUAUGCGCGGUUCGAGAACUCGAAGCGAACAGAUUGGACGCCAUCGAGUUACCUCCCCCCGAGGUCAUCGAUGAACCUGCCGAACAAGAGCCAGCAACCGAAGACUGGAAGAUCGAAAUCUUGCUCUACAUUACAGACGGCCAAGUUCCACCCGACCGAUGGGCAGCGAGGCGCUUAAAAAAUCGAAGCGCUAAAUACAUUCAGUCACACGGCAACCUCUAUCGUUGGAGCUCGACGGGCGCCCUGCUCAAUUGUCUUCACGGCGAAGAGACACUCGAUGUCAUGCGGGAAACACAUGAAGGGGCGUGUGGAAAUCACUCCAACGGUCGAGCUCUCGCUCUAAAAAUCAAGACCACGGUCAUUUUUGGCCAAUAA